CUUAGGAGCCGCCAUUUUGUGUUAGGCCCACUCUUGUAAAGCGGGAGAAAAUUAUUAGCCCGGCGCAGAGCACCUACGGCCGACCACAGCAGUACUCAAGAGACCAACCGAAGGCGCUGGGUUUCCAAGCGACUAUAACCGGGAGAAGAAGCUGUCGGGAAGUGUUGGUUGGCCCAUGGCCAUGGAGGGUGAGGUUGUUUCCAUGGAGACCACUCAGACUGGUCCCCUGGCUGCAGAAGGAAAGGUCCUGCCAGAGGGUGGAGACGCCAUGAUACAAGGGGCAGCCAUAGCUCCACAGGGGGAGGUGGCUGGUAACAUGGAGAUGAUGGUGAUGGACGCUCUCGAUCCAACUCUGCUGCAAAUGAAGACAGAGGUGUUGGAGGGAGGCGGCACAGUGACUGUUACUGGAGGAGAUGAGGGUCAGAUCAUCACGCUCCAGGUGGUGAAUAUGGAGGAGCAGGCAGGAGCAGCAUUAGGCCUUGGUCAGCUUCAGCUGGUUCAGGUACCAGUCACAACAACAACUGUAGAGGGGCUCCAGGCCACUUAUGUUGAUGCAUCAACUGCUAACAAGGAUACAGAGCCGGUUAUCUGUCACACUCUUCCCUUGCCCGAGGGCUUCCAGGUGGUAAAAGUGGGUGCCAAUGGUGAAGUGGAGACUGUAGAGCAGGAAGAGCUUCAGGCAGCCCAUGAGGAGCUUCAGGGUACGAGAGGAGAGGACGUGGAGGAGGAAGAAGAAGCAGCAGAAGUACAACCUCCUGUGGCUCAGGAGGAAGACCCAGAAUGGUCCAAGGACCCUGACUAUCAGCCCAUCACCACUAUGCGUAAAGGAAAGAAAGGAAAGAAGAGUCGCCUGCGCUAUGCAGAGGGUGAUCGUGAUAUGGAUGUUUCUGUGUAUGACUUUGAAGAAGAGCAGCAGGAAGGGCUGCUAUCAGAGGUGAAUGCUGAGAAGGUUGUGGGCAACAUGAAACCACCAAAGCCCACCAAGAUCAAGAAAAAAGGCGUAAAGAAGACUUUCCAGUGUGAGCUGUGUAGCUACACCUGUCCAAGGCGCUCCAACCUGGACAGACACAUGAAGAGCCACACAGAUGAGAGACCACAUAAAUGUCACUUGUGUGGAAGGGCCUUCAGAACAGUCACACUGUUGAGAAACCACCUCAAUACACACACAGGCACUAGGCCACAUAAAUGCACAGAUUGUGACAUGGCAUUUGUGACCAGUGGUGAGUUGGUGCGUCAUCGUCGCUACAAACACACACAUGAGAAACCCUUCAAGUGCUCCAUGUGUGACUAUUCCAGUGUGGAGGUGAGCAAGUUGAAAAGACACAUUCGCUCUCAUACAGGGGAGCGACCCUUCCAGUGCAGCCUGUGCAGCUAUGCCAGCAGAGACACUUACAAGCUGAAGAGACACAUGAGGACACAUUCAGGUGAGAAGCCAUACGAGUGUUACAUCUGCCAUGCUCGUUUCACACAGAGCGGCACCAUGAAGAUGCACAUUCUGCAGAAACACACGGAGAACGUGGCUAAAUUCCACUGCCCACACUGUGAUACUGUCAUUGCACGCAAGAGUGACCUUGGCGUUCAUUUGCGGAAGCAGCACUCAUUUAUUGAGACGGGAAAGAAAUGUCGUUACUGUGAUGCUGUAUUUCAUGAGCGCUAUGCUCUCAUCCAACACCAGAAGACCCACAAGAAUGAGAAACGUUUCAAGUGUGACCAGUGUGACUACUGCUGCAGACAGGAACGCCACAUGGUAAUGCACAAGCGUACACACACGGGGGAGAAGCCAUUUGCCUGCAGCCAGUGUGAGAAAACUUUCCGGCAGAAGCAGCUCCUGGAUAUGCACUUCAAGCGCUACCAUGAUCCAAACUUUGUCCCCACUGCCUUUGUCUGCAGCAAGUGUAGCAAGACAUUCACCCGCAGGAACACCAUGCUGCGUCAUUCUGAAAACUGCACGGGUGAAGUUACUGGAGAAGAAAAUGGAACUCCCACACCCAAAAAGGGCCGACGUGGAAGGAAGAGGAAGAUGCAGGCCAGGACGGAUGAUGAUGAUGAUGAUGAUGAUGAUGACGAUGAUGACUUGGAAGAGGAAGAGGAGGAAGACGAGCUGCUGACUGAGAUUGAGGUUGAACAGGCUCCACCAGUCAUCCCUAUCCCAGCCCCUGUGGAGCCACCAGUUAAGAGGAAACGUGGACGACCCCCGAAGAACAAACCAGACACGGCUGCUAUCAUCCGUGUUGAAGACGAGGUCACUGGAGAGGUGGAUGACAUCAUUGUGAAGAAGGAGGUCGGAGCCGAACAAGAUGACCAGGAGGAUGGCAACGAGGAGGUGGUGGUCGGUGGAGUGAAGUCGACCAUUCAGAUGGAUGAGUUGUCCCAGGAGGGGACAGCACAGGAGGUUCAGCUGUCUGGGGCGCCACCUAAUGGAGAUCUGACCCCUGAGAUGAUCCUCAGCAUGAUGGAUCGGUGAUGGAUGUGAACCUGUAGACACACCCAGAUCCUUGACCACAGCUUUUAAUUCUUGGCAUUUAGGAUUACAAACACUUGCAUCCUGCACAGAAACAAACAUCACUGUUGUAAUUUAAGAUUUGAUUAUUAAUCAUGUAUCGAUAAAGACUUGGAUGAAAUGAAAAGAUUUUUAAUAAGGAUUUACCUACCAAAAAUGCAUUACAGUACAUUUGAGUUUGAAGUGGCUGUAAUUGACAUCAGUGUCUUUUUUCACUGUUGCCUUUGGUGUUUCGUAGCUGUCUUAUGUGGCAGAGAACUACAUUUAUCUAAAUUACAAAAUCUCCUCUGGCUACAUUUGUGUAGAGCGGUCCACUGGAUAUGUUUUUAAUACGGUAUAACAACUAAAUCGAGACUGUUUAUGGAAUUUAGCUUUUUUUAAACUCCUUUCCUCUUAUGCCUUCUUGUUUUUAUUUGUUACACAAUUGUUGGUAAGUUACAUACCUUUGUGCCAGUGGGUAAAAGUAAGUAGAUAAAUGUUCAAUGUCUUCACUGAAGAGCUCCAUGUACCUCUCAGUUUGUACAGAAAGCUGCUCUUGUAAAAGUGGAGAUGAAAAUGGGCUUUUGCAGAGCAGCAUAAUGUCAAAAACAAGUAAAUUUAAGCCCAUAUUGAAAGCCACUAUGGAACUUCAUCCAAAAUGUCAAAGUUCUUACAGAAAUCAAGAGACGAGCUUCAGGAAGAUGAUACUGUCAUUAGUCACAGCCACUUCAAGAUUGGAAAAAUUUAAUAUUUUUAAUAUUUUUAUUUUUUGGUUUCUUUUUCUGUGGUUAGUAAAUCCCUUUUUAAGCCUAUUCUAGUUUUUAAAAGCUUAAUAGACGCUUAUCUUAUGCUCCUCUCUUCCUAUUUUAACACCCCUAGAUGAUGCAUAUGUACUAAACAUUGUCUCUGAUAAGUGCAAGGAAUGAAUGUUGUUUUGCUCCCUUGUGUAGCCAUUCCACUUUGGGUUGUUGUUUUCAUUUUGUACCAUUGGCAAUGCAACGCUACCUAGCAGCUUGAAUGACAUUUUAUUAACUGUGUGGCAGACGAGAAUAGAUGUAUGACUGUACAACAAAUAAAAAGAUUAGCCAUUGACAGCCUUUUUAGGUUUCUGCAACUGUAAUAAUUUCAUUCAUGGAUAUUAAAUUAAUUUUGGUUGGCUGAGCAUUUAACACAGGUUAGUGGUAUAGUUACAGGAAAAAGAGAGCUUGAAUCACUGUUUAUCCAAAUUAGCUGAGAAACAACUGAGUGUUAACAAAUGUCGGUGUACUCUGCUUGCAACUAUAUUUUAUUAAAGGGAGGACUUGAUAUUGA